UACACUGUAGUAUUUCACUGUCAUCUUCCUUUUCUCUUCAACAGUUCUCUACAAAAAAAAAAAACAAAAAAAAAAAAAAACAAGACUCAAGAAUAGCAAAGAAUUGAUUUUGAUUCAAUGGAAAAAUCUGGUUAUGGACGUGAUGGGAUAUACAGAUCACUUAGACCAUCUUUAUUUUUUCCAAAAAACCAAAACAAUCUGUCUAUGGUUUCUUUUCUCUUUAGAAACAUUUCCUCUUACCAAGAAAAACCUGCACUUUUCGAUGCUGACUUUGAUCAAACUUUAACUUUCUCAAACUUCAAAUCCAUAGUGUCCAAAAUAUCCCAUGGAUUAAUUCACCAAAUGGGCAUUAAAAAAAAUGAUGUUGUUUUAAUAUUUGCACCAAAUUCAAUACAAUUCCCUAUUUGUUUCUUUGGUGUUAUUGCUUUAGGUGCUAUAGCUACAACUGUUAAUCCUAUGUAUACUGUUCAAGAACUUGCAAAACAAGUUAAAGAUUGUAAACCAAAGCUUAUUAUCACUGUUCUUGAAUUAAUUGAUAAGGUUAACACGUUUAAUUUGCCUAUUUUGCUAUUAGGUGAGGAAAAGUUUUCGAAUUCGAGCAAUUUGGAUGUUGUAAUGUUUAAUGAGCUAGUUGAUAAAGCAGGUUUCUUGAAUUUUGAUGAAAUGGGGAUAAAGGGUAGUGAUACUGCUGCAUUGUUGUACUCUUCAGGUACAACAGGGAUAAGUAAAGGGGUAGUUUUGUCACAUAGGAAUUUUAUCGCGGCGUCUUUAAUGGUUACUUGUGAUCAAGAACUGUUUGGGGAGAUGCAUAAUGUGUUUCUUUGCGUUUUGCCUAUGUUUCAUGUGUUUGGUUUAGCUGUUAUUAUGUAUGCACAAUUGCAAAGGGGUAAUGCUAUUGUGAGUAUGGCUAAAUUUGAUUUGAAAAUGGUUUUGGAGAAUGUUGAGAAGUAUAGGGUGACACAUUUAUGGAUUGUGCCCCCGGUUAUUUUAGCGUUGGCUAAGCAUCCGAUUGUGAAGAAAUAUAAUUUAACGUCGUUGAAGCAAAUUGGUUCCGGUGCUGCUCCUUUGGGGAAGGAGUUGAUGGAGGAAUGCGCUAAGAGAUUUCCUCAGGCUGUUGUUCUUCAGGGAUAUGGUAUGACAGAAACCUGUGGAAUUGUCUCAGUGGAGAAUCAGUAUGCAGGUCCCAGACACACAGGAUCAGCAGGGAAUCUAGUUCCUGGAGUGGAAGCUCAAAUUGUUAGUGUUGAUAAACUGAAGCCUCUUCCUCCUGGAGAAUUAGGUGAAAUAUGGGUGCGUGGUCCCAACAUGAUGCAAGGCUAUUUCAACAAUCCGCAGGCCACAAAGCUCACCAUAGAUAAUCAGGGCUGGGUUCAUACAGGAGAUCUUGGGUACUUUAAUGAGGAAGGAAUGCUUUAUGUCGUUGACAGGAUCAAAGAGCUCAUCAAGUACAAAGGCUUUCAGGUCGCACCAGCAGAGCUUGAAGGUCUACUUGUUUCUCAUCCUGAAAUAUUAGAUGCUGUUGUUAUCCCGUUUCCUGAUGCUGAGGCUGGUGAGGUUCCAAUUUCAUUUGUUGUUCGCUCGCCUAAUAGCUCUCUGACUGAAGAAGAUGUUAAAAAGUUCAUUGCGGAUCAGGUUGCUCCUUUCAAAAGAUUGAGGAGUGUGGAAUUCGUAAACAGUGUGCCCAAGUCGGCUUCUGGGAAAAUCCUCAGGCGAGAACUAAUUGAGAAGGUUCGAUCAAAACUAUAAGAUUUGUACUCGGUAUCUGUGCUAGUGGGAGGUAGCAGGUACGCGCUGAAAUUAGUUGAGGUGCACACAAACUGGCCCGAACGCACAAUUACAAAAAAAGAACCGUAUGCAGAGUUUGCUCAUUGGAUGUUAAAUGCAUAUGUAAUGUAUUUUUUCGAAUAAUAACAGAAUUGUAUAAAUGAUGUGAAAUUAGAAGUGACAUGUAUAAUGAAAGAUUCGUAACUGGUGGGAUCUUAUCCAUCCCGCCAGAAUCUCGGUGAUUCCUUUUUUAAUAUAUAUUGAAUAAUACGGAGUA